AUGUCCAGUGUGCCAGGAGCACCGGAUCCUGAGUCAGACUCCAACAUCUCUCUUGGCACUCCCACUGCGACGCCCACGACAUCGGCCUUCACAUCCCGUCUUCCUCUUCAGCGUAGCGUCAGUCGCAGUUCACAGUGGUCCGUCCCGGAGACUCCUAGACAUCACCAUCAGGGCACGUCCUACUUUCCGGAGACCACGCGGGGAGCAUCGCCCACUCAGAGUCGUACUUCCAAGAUGCGAAAUGCCUCGGCAAAUUCGAAACAGCGCCGUCCUGGUAGGAGCACCAGCAUCGCGAGUUCUCACACUGCACCUAGAGGCCUCGUUGAGGAUACUGGAAUGCUCAGUGAAGAGAAUGAGAUUAGCGAUGAUAGCGACGACGCUGUACCGGAGGAGAGUGCUAGGAUUAAUGCCGAGGAUAGCAGUCCAGACGACAACCACGAUGGAGGUUCUAUUCGAGAGGAUGACCCCAUUACCCUCAAGGAUCGUCAGUCUCUCAUCAAUGUCGAACACCCUUUCGGUCUGCCCAUCUGGAAGCCAGCUCUGUACAAGAAAUCUAGAUCCGUAACUCGUUAUGCCGAUCAGGCGCUGCACUCUGUUCCGUCUGCUCAAGCAGAACGACAUCUACUUCCGGGAAACAUCUUGUGGACGCUUGUCUUCGGAUGGUGGCUGGCAAUAUCGUGCUUCUUCGUUGCAGGUUUUCUGUUCAUCAUCCCGAAGGGUGGGAGACGGUACGCGACCCUCGUGUUCGGCCUUGGGUGGUAUAUUGCAUGGCCGUUUGGCAAAUAUGUCGAGGGUGACCUGGGUCCACAAAGCACAGAGGAUGCUGAGUAUGCACCAGAUGCUAUAAUCGAGCACCCGGAUGAAGAUGCAGGCGAGAACUGCCACGGACAAUCUACGUCGAUGACUAGCGAGAGCGACGCAGAUUCGACGUCGCGAGCGGAUGUAUCUGAAUCCAGUCACGAUACCAUCACCCCCCACGAACGCGCGUCGAUGUUGGGGCAUUCUCCAGCGACCUCCCGUCCCGCGCAACAUCCUCAAAUUAGCUCCUGGAAUGAGGUGCCCGUCCCUGCGCCAAGCGCUACGACAGCUCUCCUCGGAAGUGCUACAACUCCCCGACUUAGGCCUUCUAAAUCCUACGGUGCUACCCAAUCCCUUCCCAUCACUCCUCCGCAGUCAUAUUCCAUUGGCGUCUCCGAGGGAAAGUACAGCGACUGGUUAGGAAUAGCGGCCUUUCGAGUCAUGUUCGUUUGCACCAUUGCACCCCUCAUGCUCGUCGUAUCCAUCGCGUGUUGGGGUCUCGUGUUCACCAUCCCCAUGGCAAGACUAAAUUGGGCUUUAAUCAUAUAUUUGAUCCAGCAACCGAAUAACAUUCGCUUCUGCGCUGCUCCGGUCGUUGCCUUUUCAGAGGUCAAUGGGCAGUCAGAUCGUCAAGAACAUGGCGACGUCGCUCAGGAUAUUACCGUUUCGUUCAAACCCGCUCGAUUGUCGGCAGGCCAGACGGCGCCCUUCGGUUCACCUACCUCGACCGUCUUAUUAUGCACAUAUAGAGCGUUUGGCUGGAAGUACUACAAGUAUACCGUUGGAGGCGUGAACAUCUUAUUCGUCAACCUGAUGCCCAUUGUGUUCUUUGUCAUCUUGGAUGGCUUCGUUCUUCUGCCCCUAGUCGAUCGCAAGGAGAAUGCUGGCGACCAUGUCCCAGCGGUCCUCGCAUUUCUAGCGUCGCGGGCCCUGAUAUUCAUUAUGAGCUUAGCCAGCGUCAUCCCAUUGUCAUACUUCAUUGGUAUGGCCGUUGCAUCCAUAUCGGCUCAAUCAUCCAUCGGUAUGGGAGCAGUCAUAAAUGCCACUUUUGGAUCUGUCAUUGAGGUGAUCCUGUAUGCAAUUGCACUAACGCAAGGCAAAGGCCAUCUAGUUGAAGGUUCCAUUGUGGGCAGUCUUCUGGCGGGUGUGUUGUUGAUGCCUGGCGUGAGUAUGUGCAGCGGAGCAUUGAAGAAAAAGGAGCAGAAAUUCAAUGCGAAGAGUGCUGGCGUAACUAGUAUGCUAUUGAUUAUGGCGUUCGUUGGCACUCUGGCACCAACGCUCUUCUAUCAAAUAUAUGGUGGAUUUCAGCUCGUUUGCGAUGGCUGCCCAGCGACUGGCGAAAAUGCGCCUUGGACAUGUCAGCACUGCUACUAUCAGCAUCCAGAUCCCGUGGACGAUCCCUUCUAUCAAUCAACAGUGAAGACGUUUAUGUAUUUUUGCGCUGUUGUAUUGCUUUUGUCUUAUCUCAUUGGUCUGUGGUUCUCCCUUCGGACACAUGCGAGUCAAAUUUGGCAAAAUCCUCAACAGCUUCUUCAUCCCAUGGAGCUUCCAAUUCAUGGGAUUCAGAAUCGUAUGUCCGCAUACCACCGCCUCAUCGCAGGUACACAGGCGCAAGCACCACAACGUGUGGUAGAUGUAUUACAGCACAAGCCAAGUAUUAUUACAACCUCCGCCGACAGUCCAACACACUCUCGAAGCCAAACGCCGACUCAAUCAAACUCGUUAGCUGCAUCCCAGCCACCGCCAAUGAUGCAGGCGCCCGUUUCGCAGUCAGGACGACGGAUAUCAUACGCGCAACCUCCUACUGUGCAGACGCAGGGGCUUGCUCCGCUCAUGGAGAGUGUCGACCACGCCAUGAAAGAUACCGGACUCAAUCCAACCUCGUUGCCAGGAAAUAUGACAACGGAUGAUUUCACCAGGGCCGUGGCAGUUGCCACAGUGAGCGCAUUGAGACACCAGCAGAAUCAAUCUCGUUCACCAGCGAGAGUUCGAAUAUCCGGCGGGGAAGUGGAAGUAGGUCACGGCGGUGGUCAUGACGCCCCUUCGUGGAGUCGAACAACAAGUGCGAGCGUAUUGCUUGCAUGCACGGCUCUCUACGCCAUAAUUGCAGACUUGCUUAUAGAUGUUGUUGACGUAGUUCUUGAAGGAUCUGGAAUCGAUGAGAAGUUCCUGGGUGUUACUCUGUUCGCAUUGGUACCCAAUACCACUGAAUUCAUGAACGCGAUUUCAUUCGCUUUGAAUGGAAACAUUGCCCUGAGUAUGGAGAUUGGAUCAGCAUAUGCAUUACAAGUUUGUUUACUUCAAAUACCGGCCAUGGUGGGAUUCUCUGCUUGGUAUGCCCCAGAAGAAAUGGGAUCUGUUGCAGACACCUUCACAUUGAUCUUUCCUCGAUGGGAUGUCGUCGUUAUUAUUCUGUCUGUCUUCCUGUUAACAUACACCUAUAUCGAAGCGAAGAGCAACUAUCAUCGCGGCAGUAUCCUCAUCUUAAGCUACCUUGUUCUAGUGUCUGGCUUUUUCUUCGCCCCGAGGCAACCGGAUAACGUAGCAGACGCAUUGAGAUUGACCACUUCAUUCGUUGCAUCGCUCUUCCGUACGCACUAG